AUUUAAUGCAAUUAUGGAGAAAGCAUUCACCUCUUUUAUCUCAACAUGCUUGUUGCUUUACUAUGUUAUGGCUAGUUCAGCCAUGACACAUACCAACAUUACUCCCGAUCAGUUAGCUCUUCUUUCUUUGAAAUCCCAAAUCAUUUCAGACCCCUUUCACUUCUUUGAUGAAAACUGGUUUUCAACUACUUCUGUUUGCCAUUGGGUCGGAGUCACUUGUGGCUCUCGCCACGAGAGAGUUAAGUCCUUGAAUAUUUCCAACAUGGCUCUCACAGGCAAAAUUCCCCCUGAUUUUGGAAACCUCACUUUUCUUGUUUUUCUUGACUUCAGAAGCAACAAUUUCUAUGGCAAUUUGCCUCAAGAAAUGGCACGUUUGCGUAGACUAAAGUUGCUUAAUUUAAGUUUCAACAACUUCAGCGGGCAGGUUCCUGCUUGGUUUGGUUUUUUACACCGGCUUCAAGUUCUAAAUCUUAGGAAUAAUAGUUUAACUGGUUCCAUCCCCUCUUCAUUUUCUAAUAUUUCCAAACUCGAAACCUGGAAUUUGGAUUUCAAUUUCUUAGAUGGUCAUAUCCCAAAAGAGAUUGGAAAUCUUGAAAACCUGAGAUACUUAAAUUUGUUUGGAAACAAACUCACAGGUUCUAUCCCUGUGUCUCUCUCGAAUGCCUCAAUGUUGGAGACUUUAAAACUCUCUCAAAAUUUCCUUCAAGGAAACAUCCCAGAUAGGAUCGGCAAUCUUUACAACCUGAAUGGGUUGUCCAUAGAAGAUAAUCAGCUUACAGGUUCUAUACCAUUUUCAGUUUUCAACAUUUCUAAACUUGAAGUGAUUGCAUUUACAAACAAUAGCUUAUCAGGAAACCUUCCGAAUGGUUUGUGCAAUGGUCUUCCAUUACUCAAAGAACUUCAUUUAUCUUUGAACAAGCUUCGUGGUCAUUUGCCUACAAGCUUGUCAAAUUGCUCAGAACUUCAAAUAUUGUCUUUAUCAUAUAAUGAGUUUGAUGGACCAAUACAUAGUGAAAUUGGAAGAUUGAGUAACUUGCAGACAUUGUAUCUCUCAAAAAACUAUUUCAGUGGGAUAAUUCCACAGGGAAUCGGAAAUCUUGUUAAUUUGUUGGAGUUAGGCAUUUCGAAAAAUCAGAUUACAUAUCCAAUAUGUCCUCGUUGCAACAUAUCUCUCUAGGGAUUAACAAUCUCAAUGGAUCCUUAUCACAAGAGAUUGGCAACUUAACCAAGAUGCAGUUUCUAUAUCUUAGUCAUAAUAUGUUUACUGGUGAAAUACCCAAUGAGAUAAGCAAUCUCGUUGACUUGGAGUUAUUUGAUAUUGCGUUUAAUAGUUUUAGUGGUUCACUUGCAAUGGAGAUCUUCAACAUAUCAGGGAUGAGAACGGUUAGUCUUUCAGCCAACAAUCUAUCAGGAACUCUACCAUCAAACAUAGGUUCUAUCUUACCCAAUAUUGAAAGUCUUUAUCUAAAUGGUUUGACCAAUCUUGUUGGGACUAUACCUCAUUCAAUCUCCAAUUGUUCAAAACUUACUAUUUUAGGACUUGCUAGCAACAAACUCUCUGGCUUGAUUCCCAGCUCUCUUGGAUAUUUGACUCAUCUGCAGAAACUAAACUUGGCAGGAAACAAUUUAAAGAGCGACUCAUCGUUAAGCUUCUUGACUUCCUUAACAAACUGUAGAGAUUUAACACAUCUUUAUCUAAUUUCGAAUCCUCUAAAUGGCAUGCUUCCACUUUCCAUAGGUAACCUUUCCACAUCACUUACAAGAGUUUUUGCCAAUGAUUGCAAAAUUAAAGGACAAAUUCCAAAUGAAAUUGGGAACUUAACCGCCUUACUAGACAUUAAUUUUUCUGGAAACAACUUGGUUGGAUCGAUUCCCGCAUCAAUUGGAAACCUGAGAAACCUUCAAGGCUUGUUAUUGAGUAACAACAAACUUGCAAGAAUUAUUGAAGAUUAUCUAUGUUAAUUGCAGCAUUUGGAUGCUAUUUACUUGGGUCAAAAUCAACUUUCAGGAUCACUUCCUAAUUGUUUAGGUAACGUUACUUCCCUUAGGGAGAUACAUCUGGGUUAUAACAGAUUCAGUUCCAAUAUACCAACAAGCUUAGGGAACCUUAAAUAACUAAUAAUUCUUGACUUAUCAUCAAACAACAUGGGUGGUUCUUUACCUCCAGAAGUCGAAAAUCUAAAGGCCGCUACAAAGAUGGAUCUGUCAAUGAAUCAAUUUUCAAAUAGCAUUCCUAGAGAAAUCGGAGGCUUGCAAAAUUUGGUGAACCUUUCUUUGAGACACAACAAGUUGCAGGGAUCUAUACCUGACUCAAUGAGCAACAUGGUAGGUUUAGAAAUCCUAGAUCUUUCUCAUAAUAAUAUAUCAGGAACCAUUCCCAGGUCUUUUGAGAAACUUCAAUACCUGAAGUAUUUCAACGUCUCUUACAACAAGUUGUAUGGUGAAAUCUCCUCUGGGGGUCCUUUUAAGAACCUCUCAAGUCAGUUUUUUCUCUUCAAUGAAGCAUUAUGUGGUUCUCCGAGAUUUAGUGUCUCACCAUGCCCCAUUUCAUCCAAGCAUAGAUCAAAUAGGAAAAAAAUACUUUUAUUUCUUCUACUGGGAAUUGCUCUAUCAUUUGUUCCUAUCACCUUUGUGCUUGUAUGGAUAAGGUAUAAGAAAGGUAAAAGAGCUCCUCAACAAACUGAUUCAUCGUCUAUUAAAACAAGAGAAAGAAUUUCAUAUUAUGAACUGCUCCAAGCAACUGACGCGCUUAGCGAAAGCAACCUGAUUGGUUCUGGGAGUUUUGGCUCUGUCUAUAAAGGCAUGCUCAGAAGUAGGACUCCUAUUGCAGUUAAGGUGUUCAAUCUUCAAUUGGAAGCGGCAUUCAAGAGUUUUGAUACAGAAUGUGAAAUUUUGUGCAACCUCCGCCAUAGGAAUCUCACAAAAGCCAUCACUAGUUGUUCCAACCUUGAUUUUAAGGCUUUAGUACUAGAGUACAUGCCCAAUGGAAGCCUCGAAAAGUGGUUGUAUUCACACAACUACUUCUUAGACAUCAUGCAGAGACUGAAUAUAAUGAUAGACGUGGCAUGUGCAUUGGAAUAUCUCCACCAUGGGUGCUCAUCGCCUGUGAUUCACUGUGAUCUGAAGCCUAGUAACGUCUUGCUGGAUGACAAUAUGGUAGCCCACCUAAGCGACUUUGGUAUUUCAAAACUGCUUGGUGAAGAUGAGAGUGAUUUAUACACUAAAACCUUAGCAACAUUGGGUUAUAUUGCACCGGAGUAUGGACUGGAUGGACUGGUGUCAAUAAAAUCUGAUGUCUAUAGUUACGGGAUCAUGUUGAUGGAAACGUUUACAAGGAGAAAGCCUAAUGAUGAAAUGUUCGAGGGAGAUCUUAGCUUGAAGCAAUGGGUGAGUUAUUCACUUCCAGAGGCAAUAGUGCAUGUAAUAGAUGCCAACUUAGUAACAACACAGGAUAAUCACUUAAGCAAGAAGCUAGAUUGUGUGGCAUCGAUCAUGAAAGUGGCACUAGAUUGCGGUGCUGAAUCUGCUGCAAGAAGGAUCGACAUGACAGAUGUUGUAGGGAUGCUAAAGAAGAUCAAGAUUCAACUUCAUGCAUGUUGAUCAUAUUCUUGGAAACUCUUGUUCCAAAUCACUCGUUUGUUGCAAAUGUUUGCUAAAUUUUGGGGUUCAUGUAAGAAUUUUCUUUUUAUUUUAGCACUUGUAUUGACA